ACACCAGAGGAGUGGGUAGCUGUUAGUUAUGGCAGAGACCUGCGGUACAUUGGCCGGGUGGUGAAAGAAGAUAAACGGGCCAUCAGGAUACAAUUUUUAGAGAAAAAGGCGGAUGGUUUCUUUCAACUAAAAAAAAGAGACGAGGAAACGGAAAAAGACAUCGUUUUUAUGCGUAACGUGGAUGUGCAAUGGAAAGGGAUUGGUCGCUACGAGGUUCCAGGGGCACGCUACGACAAUUUUCGGAAAAAUAUCUGUUCGGAAGACGAUUUGAGAUCUAGAAUUUUCGAAACAUUUGUUGUAAAAUUUCUUGCUUGCCUGCCUUUCCUAGGAUUUUCGAACAUCUAAGAAAAGGUAAAAUUGCCCAUUUUCAACGGAUUUUUACCCUAAAAAGGUCACCUAGAAUUUUCGGGAGCCUUUUUUCUGGCUGAAAUUUUCGAACAGGUAAGGUUUGAUCCCUAUAAUUUUUGGAUCACCAGACUUUCAGCUAGGAAAUCCGAACAGAUGAAAAAUUUAUAGGGGAUAAAAAUAUGCCCAUAUCCUCCCUUUAAAUACUAAAAUACGUUUAACAAUGCUAUGUUUAAGUGGUUUUGAACUAUAUUCUCGUUGGGUGCUCCUGAGGUUCUUCGCGAAAAAGAGAUAAGGAAAAAGCAUGAGGAGUUUUGGAAGACACUUCGUUUGAAAAAGAAGGUAGUGAUCCAUCCUAUUUUCUCAGCUAAUCACUUUAUUUAUUUAUUUUCUCAAGCUGUUCGGUGGAUUAGGCCAAGGCAUACAAAGCAGAGAAAAAGUAUGGUGAGACUUACAAAGAUAUUUUACUUUAAAUUAUUUUAUUUUGAAAUGGUUACCAGGUAGAAUCCUACUGGAAUAUAAACGCGCACUCCGACCUUUCUGAAGUGGUGUGCCGAGUUGGCGUAGACGAAAUCCUUGUUGGCGACUUUAAAACAAUCCAACCAUCGAUGAGUGCAGAAGAGAUCGAGAUGAUGAAAAAGUUUUCUCUCCGCUUCAGGGAAGUUGGUUGGCUUAACGACAAGGUACGGUUUUUAAGUAUUUUAACUCCAUUCAGGGUAUAAGAAAAAGAGAAAUGUUUUGGUGGGUAAUUAUUACCUAUUUUUGGUUACGUUAGAGAGCAAAAUUUGGUUCGGAAUUGACUCACUAUAUGCUUUAUUUUACUAAAAUUAAAAAAAAAUCUGUUUCUAUCUUCUUGACAAAACUAGGUAGUAAAUGCAAGCCUAAAGCUGUUAGAGGUUUCUAGUAGGAAGAUGGUAAGUCAAGAGAAAUACUGUACUAUGAGUGGCAUCUGCUUUAGGGAACAGAGGGAGAGGGUAUAACAGAAAAAGGUUAGUUCUAGCUCGCGCUUCGCGUCGGAGAGUAUCGCUUCCUCCUUAACCUUCUGCCACUAAAGAUAUCCGCCCAUAAUUUUUCAUCAUUUUGCACUUGUUAGUAUUACUGAAAGUAAAUCUGAGAAAAGUUAACGUGUUGUUUACCAUCUUUUAACCAGGGUAUAAAAGUCUUUGCCGCGGAAUCUUUCGUAAUAGAAAAAAUAAGGACAUCAGAAGAGCUCUCUCAGUUGAAGUCAUGGAAGUGGAUGAAAAAGGCAGGUUGAAAGUGAAAAAUGAUUUCUGGGAAGAAACUAAUAGUUUGGCCUUUUCGCACUCUAACCACUAUUAGUUCAUGAAACGAAGGGCUAACAGUUUCUUGCGCAAAAUAUAGUAAAUAACUGACUAUACCCCUCUUUUUCAGAUUGACUUUUCAAAUCAAGACUUGGUUUUACUACCUAUGUGCCAUGCCAGUCAUUGGACGCUUGGGGUAUGACUUCUGUUAUCUAUUUACAAGACGGUACCACUGAAUAAUAUGCAACUACCUAGUAUGUAAUUGGCCCCUAUUUUGUGAAGGUGAAACCUCUCUUGUACGAGAACAGGAGCCCAUAACUCCAUGGGCCCCUGACAAGAAUCAAUAAAAGUAACUACAUCAACAACAGUUUCUCGCCCGCUCCGCCUACUCUUUAAGAAUUAAAGUACAAAGCAAAACAAUAAUUCUGAUAUUUCCCGGGAAAGAGUACAUUUGUUCACAAAUGUUUCUUUACAUUUUACUUCUAUAAAGGUUGUUAACGUAAAACAAAAAGAGCUUCUUCACUACGACAGCAAGUCGGAAAAACAAGGAAAGUCGACGACGAGUGGAGAGCUUUUUUUCAGCUGCAUGAGGUAUAAACUCCGUUUAUAAUAGCCCCCCACCGCAGAAGUGUGUUGUUUUUGUUAUUUUCUAUUUUUUUGAAGGAAUGCAUACGAUUUUUUUUUGUGUGCGUGUUAAACUUCCACAGGAAAAUAAUGGCGGCAGAUAAUAUGGACGUGCCCUCUUGGAAAAACAUCUCGCCAACAACGCCGCAACAGUGUGACGGGCAAAGUUGUGGAGUUUAUGUCAUAAAGGUGGGCUCAAACACCAAUUGUUUCUCAGUUUCUAAGCGAGAAAGUAAUAGCGAGCACAGUUUUGUUGGUUUCUUCUUGCAGGUGGCUGAAUUCGUCGUAGAGGAAAAGAAGCCCUUCAUUUCACAGGUAAAAUAUCAUUAA